AUGCGUGCUGGCUCCUACCCUCUUCAGUCUUAUGUUCUCUGCCAUGCUAAUGGACGCCUACCGCGACGAACGUCCUGGAAUCCGCAUCGCCUACAGGACGAAAGGUCACCUCCUGAAUCAACGGCAGAGGCACUUCCAAUCGCGCGUCUCUACGUCACCGCUCACAAUCUUCUCUUCGCCAACGACUGCGCCCUAAACACCACCUCGGACGAGGAGAUGCGACGGAGCAUGGACCUAUUCUCUGCCGCCUGCGAGAACUUCGGUCUGAUCAUCGACACGCAGAAGACGGUGGUUCUACAUCAAACGCCACCCAACACAGCCGCUCCUCCCAACGCGCCGCAAAUCAGUGUGAACGGAACCCAACUGCAAGUGGUGGAAAACUUCUCGUACCUGGGCAGCACCCUCUCCUUUAACAUCAAAAUCGAUGACGAAGUCGCUCCCAGGAUCUCGAAAGCCAGUCAAGCCUUCGGCCGCCUCCAAAGCACAGUUUGGAAUCGUCAUGAUCUCCAACUUAGCACGAAGCUGAAGCUGUACAAGGCCGUCAUUCUGCCGACUCUGCUGUACGGAGCGGAAACUUGGGCAGUGUACACAAAGCAGGCACGUCGACUGAACCACUUUCACCUCAGUUGUCUCUGUCGCAUCCUGAGGCUGAACUGGCAGGAUCGAAUCUCCGACAUUGAUGUGCUGGAACGGACGGGAAUCUUCAGCAUCUACACGAUGCUUAGACAAAUGCAGCUGCGCUGGAGCGGCCACCUGGUAUGCAUGGACGACGAGUGACUACCCAAACGACUCUUCUACGGAGACGUCGCGACGGGCUCUCGCCGCCAAGGAGGCCAAAUUCGUCGAUACAAGGAUACUCUGUAGUCCUCCCUGAAGCGUCUCAAAAUUAACCCGACCAACUGGGAAGAGCUCGCCCUCGACCGACCGACUUGGAGGAUUAAAGUGAAGACAGGCGCUGCGAUCUAUGAAGCCAACCGAAUCGUCGCUGCCAAAGUGAAACGCCAAACACGCAACUCACAGCUACGCCCCGUCUGCAACGCCGACGCACAACCGCUUAAAAUGUGUCGUCGGUGUCAACGGACAUUCCGGGCACAAAUUGGACUUAUUAGACACCGUCGGACCAACUGCACCUCCCACUGCCGCCUCUUCCUCGUCCUCUCCGCCGCCAACUAACUCUGACAAUUCUUCUGAACCACCACUUCUAUCCUACUCCUUCUCCUCCUCUUCCUCUUCUUCCUCCCCCCCCCCUCCUCCUCCUGCCCCACGGCACCAACCACGACCGCUCUGGUGGCCGUCACUUACACCAGCAUCACACACAUCCACGACACAACAACAGACACCAUCCCUCCUACCUCCAUCUCCACGGGUGAGGACCAGGACUACACCUGUCCUCGCUGCGACCGCACCUUCGCCUCACACAUCGGCCUGGUCGGUCACUCGCGAGUCCAUCGCACAGAGAUCGGCGAAUCAGUGCCAGGAGCACCAACCUUCACCCGCCGCACUCGCCUCCACUGCCCACACUGCCCUCGCACUUUCACGCAUCGCAUGGGCCUAUUCGGCCACAUGCGCAUCCACGACGACCUGCGGUAGACAACCGCUGGCUACACCACACCAUAACACCCUCCCGCCCUGCCUCCACCACCACCACCACCCCACCACACAUCAACACUCCCCCACCGCAAGCACCCAACUGCCACCUCCCACGCAAGUGAGAAGUGUGCAUCUCGACUCGGUUCCCAUGCGGCUUCGGCUGCACGGGUGACUUGAGUCUGAGACUAUCCCGACACGUCAAGCGUCGUGGAUAGGAAGGCUGCUGAUUGACACCCCCACUCGGUCCACGCAGUUCGUUCCGUUGUGUGUGUGUGUGUUGUGUGGAGUGGCGGACUGGUGAGCUGAGGACGGGCUGAAACAGCACCCACCACGGCCUUCUCACGCAAGUGAGAGACACGCCGAUCAACCCCCGUUGUGCGAAAUCCUGGUGUGUGUGUGUAUGUAUGUAUGUAUGAUGGGCCAGGUCGUGCACGUGGCGCGCGCAGUCAUGGUCAGUCGACCAUGCCAGCCACCACGCCCAUUUCCCACUCCAGUCUGCUGACCGGCUCGGACAGUGGCUGUGGUGUGGGAAUGGGAAGGGAGAGUGAGGCCGACGACUCAGCGCACUUUCUCCUCACUAUAAACAAUCUGACACGCUUGAAGCUAUCAUGGUGCGCUAAAAGCCGUGGCUUGGAAGGUUGCCAACUGACGGGGUAACUUGGACCUCCUCCUUGACUGCUGGCGGUCUGAGAGUCAGGCUGCAAUGGCUCCUUUUUAAUGUGGCCUUUAUGGCACUCCCACCACAGUGUGGGAUCCGAUCCAGGCGUCAGCGGCACGCCUAGGUGCGGGUUCGGCCGUGCCAGCCUCCAAUCUCUGUUUUUUGGUUGAAAUCCUGGUUAUUUGUUGUGCGGACCAGGGGGUGUGGUGGAACGUCAAGAUGAGGAUCCGCCCGAGCCAUUACCUGCGGCCUCCCUCGUAUCCGUUCUUCUUGACUCUGUCUUGAAACCGGGCUCGGGCGAGGGAGGAAGAGAGAGUGUAGGUAGAUGCAGCGCAAGUCUACCGGCACUAUAAACCCCUGCGCAAGUCACCGUCCCUGCUCCCACCACUGCUGCUGUGGGGCACACGAUGGACAUCAUCGAAAUCAAUGGUUGAAUUAUCAAUUGUACCUAAAUGGAGUUUCUGUUGGGGAGGUGAAAAAUCCGAAGUUAUUUGUGGGUUUGUCAUUAGGUGGUAAGAAUUUUGGAAUGUUAGAAUGGUUUGGCUUAUUCCUAUGCCAUGCAGGUGGAUUUUGGGGGAGUCGAGGUACAGGCAUAGAAGCUUAUUUGUUUCUGGUUAGAGUUUGGAGAACUCUUAUUCGUGAUAUCUACAUACUUAGGGCGUCUUGGUUGUGCUGGUGUGCCUAAUAAGGCCUUUUGGUUUGUGUGUCUUGUUUGGUAGUCGAUUUCUUGUACUGGUUGAUCGAUUUUGGAGGGCGUAGUAGAACUUAUAUUGCUAUCUAAUGAUGUCAGAUAACGGGAUCCGGGAUCUGCAUCGUUCUGCUGUUCUGGUUGAACGUUGUUGUUUUUAUGCCUCCUUCGUUUGUUUCUGUCCAGCAGUCCUAACUGUUUUGCAGUUACGCAUUUUUUGUCCUGAGAAAUAGAGUCAGAAAUACUUGCUGGAUGUCCAUCUACGGGGGGCGGUGGGUUCAUCAUUUUGUUUACGCUGGUCUGUGCAUUUCUUUUUACUAGUGCCAGAAAUAGAAGUAGUAGCUAGAGGUUCAGUUGAGGGACCGGAGUGCUGAUUAUCGUGUAUGUAGCUGGUGUCUGUUUCCCGAAGUCUACGUCUUUGCAUCGGUGUCAAAUCUGGACCUAUAAAUGAGUUUAGGCUCCACAGAUUUCUGUUUAAUUCGGAAUUUUGUAGGACAAGCUCAGCUUCGGUCUGAGAGUAGAAGGUAACUAAGACGGGUUUAUUUUGUCUUCUAGAGUGAAGUCUCUUGGUGGUAGGUACUCGGAUGUUUAGGCCACAUGAAUGUAUAAGUCUUUGAAUUGAUGGUGUUGGGUUAACCGUGUGGGGUAUAUUGCGGAUAAUCAAAUUAGGUCUGCGUUUUGAUCUGUCCGCGACUUCUGAUGAAACCAAAUGUAUGAUCGAUUCUAUUUGUGGUAGGCUCGCUAGGCUGUUCGUAAAUGUAUUUGAGUCUGUUAGUGAGUCCAGAAUCGCAAAAAUGUGCUCAUGUUUCUCGAUAAACUUCUGCAAACCCACGAUGGCAGAAAGAUCUACUUUGUCGACAGCAAACAUAACAUCGGUUAUGGCUAACUGGAGAGAGUGCAUAAGGGAUUUAUGCGUUAUUUUCGACAACUAAUAAAGACUGGUCGGAAAUUAUCGCAAAAAAUGCCAAGUAGUUCAAUUAUAAACAAAUUUCAUCUUAUAUUGGUUCUGAGGAUUUCGAACGGCUGUGCACAAACGAGCAUAGCAAAUCGCCACAAUAGGGAUGUCCGAGUCCUCCGCCGGCUCAUCAUCGCUCCUGAUAAGUCUUCGAAUACGACAGGCGCCACGCUCAUGUACCUUUAGUGCCAAAAUCGUUUUGACUGAGUGUACUAAUAUACACCUGUAAUCUCAAACACGGACUUGAUUAACAAUCCCAUGACAAGCUACAUCAUCAUUGUCUAUUCGGUUCUUUAUGUUUGACUGGAGUAUAUAACCCGUGGACAUUGACCGUUUUUUCAGUGUGCAUGGUAAAAUUCUGUUUUGUCCUGCAGCAGAUAACAAGGGAUAUUGUGAAAAUUAUGCGUGCAAACGCCCCAUAUACUGCUAUAAAGGAGACCUUCACUCUCGCAUCUCCUGUCAAUCGAAAAAUGCUUGCAAAGUUUGAUUUACGGUAAGUAAUUUGAUGAUAGGGAGCCUACACAGCUUACUACGUAUGUAUGUACGUAUUUGAAGGGUUACAGCCAGAGUCCUUGAUGAGCCUGUUUAUGCACAAUAAUUCCACAUAUUAACGCUCAAAAUAAAGCUGCAAACACCUAGAAUGUGACCGAUGCACAACACAACACUAGUAAUAAGAAAUCGCUAUUGUUCACUGUGACUCAUCACGGAAAGAUUGUGUACGACAAAAUGUUUUACAAGGCAAGGUGGGAGAAGUCGUUUGGUAAAAUUCGGUCUUUGUCGAAAAUUACGCAGGCAAAUUUUCCUUUAAGCAUACGAAUUGUGUCGGUCGUCACCAUCUCACUUGGUAGCAAGUUCUAUGGUCAGACAACUCCUUGGAUGGACGUAAACUUCCUACGGCCUAGCCGCGUGCAUUUGCUGUUGACUUUGUAGGGAUGGCCAUGCAAUUUCUUUGUACGGACAAACUAAAUAAAAUCAUCCUGUCUCGGCAAGAAACUUUGACCACAGACAAUCCGCAAUGUCCAAGGUAGACUGUUAUUUACCUGCCUAAAAGAUAGAGGGGGAUAAGCCAGACAUAUUCAUUCUCCCCUGGUGAGACAAAUGCUUUGGACUAUUGACCAUCUUCGUUGCUCUGUGCCACACCUGUUCGAGUAGGUUAAUAUCCUUCCUCAUGUAUGGUGAAUCUGCUUGCAUUCCGUAUGUUAGGUGGGGUCUUACGAAGACAUAGAAAAGUCUUGCAUACAGUUUGGGAGGAAAUAUUUUAAAUGUACAUCUGAUCUAGUAUAGAGCACUAGUUGCCCUUUGGACCAUAUUCCUACAGUAUUCUGACGGAAUUAGAUUUGUGGUUGUUCAUACACCCAGAUCUCUGUGUCCUUCCAAAUUUUCUAAUGUCGUCCCGUUAAUAUAGUAAUAAUGUUUGGGAGAGGCGUUUCGGCCAGCGUUUAUAAAUGGGACAAGGCAUUUGGACACAUUGCACUUUAAAAGACGUCUAUUUGACCAAACACUCAGUUUGCCGAUAUUCAUUUGCAACUUCUUUGCGCCAUUAUCACACUUGAUUUCACUCCAUAUUUCUGUGUCAUCGGUGAACACGGGGACUCACAAUCUAGUUCGCUGGUGCAAUCAGUAACAUCAAUCAGAAAGAGUAGUGGACCCAAAAAGAGGCCUUUGGGACACCACUUCCUGAUUUUGCUUAUUCCGAGGUAGAGACCCAAACAACCACUCUCUGUACUCUGAAGGACGGGCAACUCUUGAUCCAAUUAAGCAUUUUACCUUGAGUUUAUGCAUCAAGAAUCUUCUGUAAACGAGCCCUGUGUGAGGCGCUAUCAAUAGCCUUCUUGAAGUCAAAAAUAUGGCAUCUACUGGAUAACCCUUAUCUGUGGCCCCUGUUCACUUCUCAUGCGACUAAAGAACACUCGUGUAGCAAGAACGUCAUGAAGGAAAGACAUGUUGAUCAUCACAUAGUAUUUUUUACAAGUAUGCCAUUAAAGUUUUUUUGGGUAAUGCGCUUCAUCAUUCUACACGCCAUGCAAGUUAGACUGACAGGAUGAUAAUUUUCUCCGUCAAGUCGUGAACCUCCUUUAUGGAUCGAGUUUAUGAAUGCACACUUCCAUUCUUCCGGGAGUUCGCCUUCUUCAAGUGACAGUUGAAGUAUUAUGGACAGUGGUUCGCGGGGUUCAUUGGGAAGGUAUCGAAGUGCUGGUUCAGUAAUUCUGUCUGGUCCAGGCGAUAUGGCAGGCUUCAAUCGGAAUAAUUAGUGCAUAAUUAUGGUCGAUGGAAAGUGUGGUUCGUCGAUUGAGGAGGUUAGGGAGGGGGUUAGAGAGGGAAAAUGGGGAGGAGGAGCAGGAGAAAGUGUUGGUUGGCGAUUGGUUGGAGGGGCAAAUAAAAACUUAGGUUGCCGGAUGAAGGCUGACCGAAAGAAAAUAGAAAGGGGGGCGCUUUUACCUGGUCGUCAGUCUCCAGUUUCCCGUCUGCAGACCUAAGGCGUUCUUAGGCGCCUGAGGCAGAUGGCGGACGAACGAAAUAUUGACACCACAAUUUCCAAGCAUCUGUUCCUCUGAUGGCUGCCCUCUUCUGUGCGGGCUAUCCUGGCACCUCCCCUCCACGUCUGUCAAAAUGCCCGCAUAAACAGCUGAUCGCAUCCUCGAGUACUUCCAGCUGACGUUUGCAGUUAACGUUUCUGGCCGUGCCACGGCUGUGUCAAUUACACCUACCAUCCAUGACGUAAUGAAACGCCUAGGCCACAGCACCCUCGAAAUUUCCCAGCUUCGUGCUACUCGUGCGUCUAACCGUCUACGCCCCUCUAUUGGUCCAAAGGUCUGAAAAAGUGUGCUAUAUCAGUAUCAACAAACCAUGGCCCUCGCAGCCUGGCAUGCGCUGGCAGUUCCCUGACACCUGGUUCCCUGCCGGUAGAUGCGCUUGCGCCCUCGCUGGGUAUAUAUGUGGUGGGCAUGGCUGCCCAGUCAUCCUCUUCCUUCUGACCCUUGUUUGGGUGUUGUUGUUGGUGAAAUAUCCUGGUCAAAAUUAUGUUGUGGACCAGAGGGUGUGGUUACACGCCUAGACGCGGGUUCGACCGUGCCAGCCAACUGCGCCCUACCCCGCCUCCGGUCUUCUUGACUCUGUCUUGACAGCGGGUCCAGGUGGAGAAUGUGGAAGAGAGGGAGUGCGGUAGAUGCUGCGCAAGUCUAAGACCACUAUAAGCUAAUUCGCGCGCAAGUCACCGUGCCUGCUGCACUUUGCUGUGUAGCACACGGUGGACAUCGUCGGAAUCGAUGCUCGAACUGUCGUGUAUGUCCCUCUAUCACUCACUCUCUGAGAUCAUUCACUGCAUUUUGAAGUCCGUCCACGCCUGACAACUGCUGCUAGUACCACCACACCUAUGGUCAAAUGUUCAUCGUUGACAGUUCCCAUGUUACUGCAAGAGAUCCUCGGCACAACUCUCGUUUGCCGGUUAGUAGCGACGGCGAAGUUAGUGAGCCCAACCUUUCCCGAAUUCACCUACUCCACAUUUCCUAUAGGAGUUCCUGCCGUAAUUUCCUUGUGGACACCUGUGCUGACAUCAGUCUAAUUCCGUCAUCCCCGAAUGAUGGUAAGUCAAUCAGCUCUUCAUUUUCACUUCAAGUAUCUAAGAGCACUCCCAUUAAAACUUCUGGUCAGUGAUCCCUAACUUCAGACCAUACUUUGUGACGUCCGUUCUACUGGAUAUUAACUAUUAUUGACGCCUAUACCACCAUAGUCGGUGCCGAUUUUAUAUCCUGUUUCGGUCUGCUCGUUGAUGUCAGGUCCCAUGAACCAGCUGACAUAGUAGCGUCCUUAUCUUCUCAAUGCCCAAAUCAUACCAUUUCAUGACCUAGGCCAUGCACUUCACCAAGCGUUCCUUUCACUAUCUAGCAUCAUUUGCUUUCGGAAUUUUCAUCUAUAAUUUGGCUCUUAGAGUUUGACAACUCUACUAAACAUUCCGUCUUGCAUUACAUUUCGAAUACUGGACCGUCCGUUUUUAACCAUCCCGUCGUUUAGCCACUGAUAAGAUAUCUAUUACCAAGGCCGGAUACAGUCAUAUGAUAGAGCUUAUCAUAGUGCCGCCCUCUAAUGGUCCAAGGGCUGCCCCUUUGCAUAUGAUUUGUAAAAAUUAUCGCAUGAACUUGCGUCUGUGUAUGACUAUCGAUGAUUUAAAAACUGCACUGUCCGCGGCAGAUAUCUAUUUCCAAACCUCCGUGAUUUUUCCUCUAGCUUAGCUAGUGCACCAACCUUUUCAGUGUUGACCUGCUCAAAGCCUUCCGCCAAAUCUUCAAGACGGCAAUUGCCGCUCCAUUCGGUCUUUUUGAGUUCGCCGGGAGGUCUUUUGAUCUCCUCAACCCUGGCCAAACAUUUCGACAUUUCAGUAAUGAAGUCCUUCGCGACAUACCUUUCGCUUUUGUUUAUGUCGAUGAUCUUGUGGCUGAAUGUUCCAGUAAAUAUCAGCUCCUACAACACCUGCGUCUUACUUUUGAACGGUUAAAAUAAUUUGGCGUCCUUAUCAAUGCCUCUAAAUGCGUUUUUAGCGUUCUCCCGCUCUUGAUUCUAGAAGACCGCACAAACGCCUUCGGCCGUCACCUCAUACACACCAAAGUUUCAGCUUUUCACAAAUUCCUGACCCCCAAUCCGUUCCGACAACCGCGCAGUCUUAAAGACUAAGCCAUUGUACAGAAGUUUCAUUCCUCACUGUGCUCAGCUCACAUAUCUUUUAUGCGGCAACGACCGUGAGUUCUCUUUUCCCGACAAAAUCGUGGACGCCUUCCGACGUGUCAAAGAGACCCUUGCGGAUACAACUGCCAGUUCUCGCCCUCUAACUGAUGUCCUGCUUUCCAUUGUUAAUGUCUCCAAACGCGCUCUGGUUGUUGCCCUCUAGAAACAGGUCUCAACGAGCAUCCAACCCUUGACCUUCUACUCUACCAUACUGACACCCUCCCCUUCUCGCUAUAGAACAUUUGGUGGAGAACCCCUUGCCAUUUUUCCCGUCACUAAGAAUUCUUGUGAAUACAAUGAUGACAGAUUGUUUACGUUUACACUGGCCAUAAACCUAUCAUUUAUACCUUCACUCCCUCUGACAAGUAUUCAUUCAAAGUGUGCCGACAAAUGGAUUUAUUCCCUUGUGUACUACAGAUAAUCCAGUACAAACGAUGAUGCAUAAAGACGGUAAAUGUAUAUACAUAUGUUGAAAUAAGAUAGGUACUAUGGAACGAGAUGCUCUAUUGCGUAUCUUUUCAGCGCUGGUUUCCCAGAUCGUCGUCAGACGCAGAUGGAGAGAAAAUGUGGGAACAAAAAACAAUUAACGUCACGAUUGCACAUAAAAUCGAUACUUGGUUGUCUUUUACGUCGGUAGGUGGGCGAGGACAAGUUCCUUAGGGCUUCAAGGUUGCGACAAUCAUCCACUCCAACAAGCAGCAAGGGAACAGCCAACUCUGUGAUAACCAUUGAAGUAUCUCACUGUUCAACAUCGCGGAAAGGUCUUCGCUCGCAUCUUCUUCAACCACUUCACCGGCCAUCUAGAACAGGGACUUCUUCCAGAAAGUCGGUGUGAAUUUCGACAACACCGCGUAACCACUUACAUGAUCUUCGCCGCCAGCCAACUGCCAGAGAGAUGCCAGGAAAUGCGGGCCCACUUCCACACUACCUUCGCGAACCUGACUUAAGCCAUUGACACAGUGAAUCGCAAUGGGCACUGGAAAACCAUACGGAAAUUCGGAUGCCCUGAGAGAUCCACGCCCAUUGUACGUCAGCUCUAGGACUGGGUGGUGGAGCGCGUCACAAACGACGGGGCAAUCUCAGAAGCGUUUGCAGUAACCACUGGAAUGUAGUAGGGCUGCGCGCUCUCCCCAAUCCUCUUUAGCCUCGUGUUUUCUGCCUUGGCUGAUGGACGCCUGUAGCCAUGAGGCCCCGGAAUCCACAUCACCUACAGGAUCGACGGGUAUAAUCUCAACAACCGGCGCAUUUAAGCUUUAACGCGUCUCCCUGUGACUGCUACCUACGACAUGCUCUUCGGUGACGACUGCGUACUGAACUCCAAAACAGAAGUUGGCAUACAACGGAAUACGGACCUUUUCGUUUUCGGCUGCCCCAACUUUGGGUUGACGAUUAACACGUACAAAACGGUGGUCGUGCAUCUAUUUUCACCCAACCCUGCAUACAGUGCUCUUCGCACCCACGCCAGCGACACCCAGCUGAAUUCCGUGGACAACUCCAUCUGCUUAGACUGUACACUCUCACGUUGCAUCAAAGUCGACGACGAAGUAAUUAACUUGGUGUCCAAGGCCAGCCAGGGCUCCGUCGGCUGUAGAACUCUGUACGGAAUUGCCACAGUUUCCACCUGAACAUCAAACUGAAGAUGUACAAAGUGGUUAUCUUGACGACGCUGCUGUAUGUUGCAGGGAUCUAGUGUCUACAAGAGCAAAGUACGAACGCUGAAUAAUUUCCCUUUUUGUUGUCACCGCCGGAUACUAAAGCUGACAUGGUAGGACAGGAUCCCGGAUGCGGAAGUUCUGGAACUGACUGAAAUUCUCAGCAUCCACGUCAUGCUGAAGCGACUGUAGCUACGACGGAGCGGCUACCUUGUGAGGAUGGGCGACGAGCGUCUACCAAAACAACUCUUCUAAGGAGACGUCACUGCGGAGGCUCGGCAACAGGAGGUUAACUCCACCGCUACAAGAUUGGCUUGAAGAAUCCUUGAAGCGGCAAAAAAUAAACCCGAAGACUUGGGAAGAGGUCGCGCUGGACCGACUACCUUGAGAAGAGCAGUGAAGAGUGAAGCGGUUAUCUAUGAAGUUAGCCGGAUCGCCCUGCGAGGGCUAAAAGGGAAGCUUGCAAGUCUCAGGCGCCCCUGACCUGCAACGACAGCCCCAACACCUCCCAACCUGCCCGCGCUGUCAACGAACUUUACUCGCACAGAUCAGCCUCGUCAGACAUCUCCGGACUCAAUGCACCAGCCUGACGGCCUCAACCAUAGCUUUUCCUGCCACCCAGGCUCCAGCCCCCACGGCGUCUACUUCGAUGAUUUCCCUCACCGUCGACGCUCGACAUCCUCGUGCGCCGCUUCCGUCGGUCACUGCCAUCUACACCAUCACUGUCACAACCUCUGUGACGACGGCGACCAGCGGAGCUUCCAUUUCUACCACCGAGCAAAACUCUCUCGACGACCCGCCAACUACCACCCCAAUCAUUAUCACCUCAUCUCCAGCAAUGUGGCCUCGGUCCUAA